UUUUAACUCUUAGUCCUCGAAAUUCCGAACCUGCUUUAAUUCAUUUAUUUCAAGAAGCUAAAUCACAUAUUCUCAUCUAUGAUUCUCAACUUUCAAAAAUCUCUAAAAGUGUUCAAAGUGAAUUAGGUUCUCAACAUUCGCAAGCGCUUAAAAUUUUUCCAAUUCCUAACAAUUUAAAGAAUGAAAACAUUGAUAAUUCAGCUCCUGUUAUAAAACUAGAUGAUGAUCCUUACGAAAAAGUUAUCGCCAUUUUUCAUAGUUCCGGUUCAACCUCAUUUCCUAAAUUAGUUCCUCUUACUAAUCGUUAUUUUUUGGUUUUGGAGCAACAAAAUAAAGCUGAUGAUAUUGUCUUAGCAACCCCUCCAUUAUUUCAUAUUUUUGGAAUGGUUGUUUCAAUAAAUACUAUUUUCUAUCCUGGUUCUGUAUAUGUAUUUCCAAUCGUCUCAGGAUCGGUUCCUUUAAUAAACGAAAUUUUACAUAGUUUAAAUCAAUCUAAGUCUAAUGUUUUUUAUACUUUACCCGCUACUAUUGAGCAAAUUUAUAAAAAUCAUCCUGAAGAAAUUAAAACUUUAUUAAAAUUAAGCUCUAUCAAAUAUGCUGGUGCUGCAUUAUCAUCUCAAAUAGGUGAAAAGCUUAUUCAAUCCGGCGUUAAUGUCCAAUCCAUUUAUGGUUCAACUGAAACAGGUGUUAUUAUGGAUACUUCUAAAAAUUCUUCUUCACCUAAUAUCCCAUGGAAUGCAAUGAACUUAGUAAUACCAGAAAGUUAUAUAGAAUGGAUAGAAAGGAAUGAUUUUCUUGAUGGAGCGAAAGAAUUAAUUAUAAAAAAAGGAACUCCAAAUCUUUCAAACAUUAAGGGAAAUACUGAGAAUGGUAGCUAUAGAACAGGUGAUCUCUUCCUUGAAACUUCAAAAGGUUCCGGCUUUUAUCUUUUACUUGGUCGAGCAGAUGAUACAAUUGUUCAUAGUACUGGAGAAAAGUCAAAUCCAAUACCGAUCGAAGAUACAAUUCGUCUUAAUCAAUUUGUUAAACAAGUAGUCGUCAUUGGAUUUAAUAGACCACUCAAUUGUCUUUUUAUAGAACUUGAUUAUGAAAAUAUCAAAUUGACUCCUUUCUUAGAUGUCACUAAAAGUAUCUUUGAUUCAGUACAUCAAGCUAAUAAUGACUGUCCAUCACAUUCACGAAUCUUUGAUGAAAUGGUUUAUAUCUUACCUCUUGAAGGAAAAAAAAUAGCUCGUACCCUUAAAAAUAAUGUUCAAC